GGAUCCAAAUUCCACCACCGACAGCUUGUCAAUUUUAACCUAGUGUCUCAUCGUCUCUAGCAAAUUCUUCUGUUUCACAAGAUGGCGCCAACAAAGGGUGACAAGAAGACGGCCGAGAAGAAGCCAUCGACAGCAGACAAGAAGCCAUUGAAGGCCGAGAAGAAGCUUCCUAAAGAAGGCGUUUCAAGCGCCGGAAUAGAGAAAAAGAAGAAAAAGAGCAAGAAGAGCGUCGAGACAUACAAGAUCUACCUUUUCAAGGUUUUGAAACAAGUUCAUCCUGAUAUCGGCAUCUCUGGAAAAGCCAUGGGGAUCAUGAAUAGUUUUAUCAGCGACAUCUUCGAGAAGCUCGCUCAGGAAUCGUCUCGACUCGCUCGUUACAAUAAAAAACCGACGAUCACUUCUCGUGAGAUUCAGACUGCUGUUAGGCUAGUGUUGCCUGGUGAGUUGUCGAAACACGCGGUUUCUGAGGGUACUAAAGCUGUUACUAAAUUCACCAGUUCCUAGAUCUGAUGUUAGAAAUAUAGAGAUUUUUUUUUGUGUGAUUUGAUCAAUGCUAUUCUUCAAGAAAUCUAGGGUUUCUUAAAUUUUCCAUGUUUGUAUUCAUAUGAGUUUGAUAAUCAAUACUCAUUACUCAAUUAAGAUCAUUACGUUACGUA